AUGCUGACAUCUACUUUGCUGUUUGCUGGUGAGGUGCCCGCCUCGAAGCUGGCCACCCUGCAGCAGGUGCUACGCUCUGAUUUUCUGGGUGCGGUGCGCGGUGUCUACGAGCACGUGUACGAGACCGUGGUGUUGCCCGGCACGGCUGAGACGCGAGCUUCUGCCACCGCCAAGGCGACGGUGGCCGCGUUCGCCGCGUCCGAGGGCCACGCCCACCCGCGCCUGGUGCGGCUCGAGCGCGACGCCGACGGUCUCGGCUUCAACGUGACCGGCGGCCAGGAGCCGGGGGCACCGGUGCUGGUGAGCCGCGUGCUGGAGGGCGGCGCGGCGGCGCGCCGGGCCGGCCUACGUCGCGGCGACCAGCUGCUGGCCGUUGACGGCGCCUCGGUGGAGGGCGAGCCGCACGGCCGCGUGGUCGAGCUGCUCGUGUUGUUGAGCUUUCCAGACAUCCUGGAGGUGCAGCCCCUACCAGAUCAGUUCGUGUGCGCGUGCUAA